UGCACCAAACUGGGAGGACAAAGGAAGCGAGUAUAAGGCUGUGGGAGGGAGGCAUAAGAAUCCAUGGGAAAUAUAGAGCAGAAAUAGCGUAGGGUUCAGGAGAAUCAGACUCGGAAGAAGAGCAAGCAAAUCCUUGACAGAUAAUCUGGAAGGGAAUCCUAAAGUGAACCAGAAUCAGGAGGUACAGUAGUUGCCUCGACACUACAGCAGAUUAUCCAAUGUUGGGAAGAUCUACUUAGCCAUGGCCCCCAAGCCGGCGGCGGCAGCGGCGGCACCAACACCACCAGCAGCAGGAGCAGCGCCACCAGCAGGAGCAGCGGCGGCCAAAGGGAAACCCGGUGCUGCUCCUCCGACCAAACCGAAACCACGCUGGCGAAUUCCUCUCAAGGUUGGAUGGAUAUUUCUCGGGAUUUUCGCCUUCAUCUGCUUUUGUGUCUUGGUCACCACGGCUUUCCUCUUUUAUAAGAUGAAUAAAGAAAAGGAGAGCCCACUUGAUCAGCCAAUGGACAAACUGAGGACUGCAAUGGCAACUGGGCUAAGAAAUAACGAUCUCAUGACUGAAAAUCCCAUGAAGGUAGCUGAAGAAGUCACGAACCUGCCACAGCACAUAGCAGAUGCCGAAAACCUCUACAAUGAGCGGAAAGUAAAGUACCAAAACCUCUUCAAGAAAGGUGCAAAGUCUUCUGGUGGCUGGAAGCUUUUUGGGAAGAAUCUCUACUAUGUUUCAAAAGGGAAAAAGACCUGGUAUGAUGCCGAGAACUUCUGCAUGUCCAGAGAUGCCCAUUUGGCCUCCAUCCUGACUGAUGAAGAACAGACCUACAUCACUUCUCAACUCACCACUCCUGCCUGGAUUGGCCUAACAGAUGAAAGUGAGGAAGGCAACUGGGAGUGGACAGAUGGCUCCAGAUUAAUAACACAGUACUGGUCUGCUGGCAAUCCCAACAGCUGGGAGAACUAUGGAGACUCAGAGGAAGAUUGUGCUUCCAUUAUUCCUUCAUCUAGAGAAAAAAAUUGGAGCGAGUGUAACUGCCACGAACUUCACAGUUGGGUUUGUAAGGAGAGCCUAGAUACGGGAGAAUUGUAAAAUUUGACAAACCCGUUGCCUGGAGCCACACUAGAGUGAAGAUGGAACGUGUUUCAUUUCACUUCAUGGGAAGUCUGCUCAGCCACAGAAUGAACAAGAGCGAACAAGAAAAUUCUAUCUCAUUCAAGGACCAUUCCUUCAGUUGCCUGAUGCCAAGAGAGAUGGGAGUAUGUGUGCUAUUAUCAGCUGAUUGUGGA